CAACACCCCAACGACGCCUUCCCUCUCCCCGCCUUCCAUCCCCAAUCGCGCCGCCGCAAUGCCACCGCUCCACCGCCGCGGCGCUCUCUCCUUCCUCCUCCUCCUCCUCACCGCCGCUGCCUCCGCCGCCACCCCCGUCGAGCUCACGGCCGCGUCGCACCCUCUCCCCGCACUCCGUCUCCCGCCCGCGGCGCCCUUCGCCGGGGAGGAGGGCGGGCCCUUCUGCACGCGCGUCCGCGUCCGCGGUCGCCCGUCCCGCCUCCGCGACCCGUCGCGCUUCUUCCACGCCCUCAGGGUCCGCGCCAACGCCACCCGCCCCAGCGGCCUCGAGCUCUGCUUCCACCGGAAUGCCACAGUGGGUCCAUGCAAGUGCGCGGCGUCGCAGUGGCAUAAGAUGCCCAAGGGCGGGCUCUGGGCGCAAGCCAUCUCCCCCUACGACACCCGGAUCCUCGAUUUGCGUAUGCCAUCGGACCCUUCGAGGUAUAUCGUAGUGUCCACGGAGGAAGAGUUCUUGCUUCACAGGGUGGUAUUCUUGUUGCUGGGAAUGGUGCUGAUGGUGGUGGCACACACACUUAGCGAGUCUGUGGUAUUCUACUAUGGUGGAGCAAUGACUAUUGGAAUUUUCCUUGUGAUUCUUAUUAUACUCUUUCAGGGAAUGAAGCUUUUACCCACUGGUAGAAAGAGUUCUCUUGCAAUUUUUGCGUACUCUUCACUUGUUGGCAUGACGACAUAUUUUCUGCACUAUCUGUCGGGACUGUUGCGUUCGGUGCUUGUGGAAAUUGGGAUUGCUGAAGACAUGCAUAAUCCUCUAGGUGUAUUCCUUCUUGUAACUGUGAUCUUAGCUGGAGCUUGGUUCGGUUACUGGGGUGUCCGUAAGCUUGUGCUAACAGAAGAAGGAGCUGUUGACGCUGGUGUGGCUUAUUUUGUUGAGUGGGCUAUCUUGAUUAUUUCUGCUGUUAUGAUCCUGCAGAGUUCUUUGGACUAUCUAUUUGCAUUUUCAGCCUUAGCAUUUUGCACAGUUGUCAAAGCAGUUUCAAGGAUUGAGGGAACUUCAAGAUUUCUACUGUGCCUAUCAAGGGGAAUUUCGAAGGGAAUCACGAUUUUUCCCACCAGUUAUGAAGAUUUCGGUGAAGAAUACUCCAGCAUGAAUGGAUCUCACGAAGAUGGAUUUACCAAGCUUGGUGGUGAAUACCAGAGAUGUACACCAAAAAGAAAUUCACUUCGUAUGGGUUCAAGGAAGACAUUGUCACAAGGACAUGAUACAGAUAGCUACUAUUCUACCUUUCACACUACCCCUGAGCGAAGAAAAUUUUCAGAGGAGGAAUAUGAAGCAUUCACUAGAGAAGAGACAAACAAAGCUAUGAAACAAUUGAUCUCCUCGCCAGAUUUCAACAGGUGGGCACUAGCAAACGUGGACAGGAUAUCUGUAACUCCACCAAGAACACGACAAAAUAGCAGCAGCCAGCGGCGGAAACGUUUUUUCGGACUGUUUUAAGCCUAUCUUACAUCUGUAACCUGGUUUCAAUUGUCGAUCGACAGAUUGAGCUGUAUAUCAGUUUUUGUUCCUGAUAUCCUCAGUCCUCAGUGUGCUUACAGUGGUAGGUGUUCAAUGUAUAUGAACCGAGUGAUUGGCUGCUACAUGAGCUGUAACGAUGGCGUAUUUGCUUUUGUGGAAGCAAAUUUGUAGGAUAUCCUGUUAGGUUAGUUCUUGGUUGAAAUAGCUAGAGUAUUUGUACUAACUUUUAGGUGAUACGGUGAGUCUCAAGUUGACUGAAUUGUACAACCUCACUUCGUCUCUGAGACCGAGUAAUGCCCUGCUUGUUUUAGUUUAGGAUUAUUGUAACGUAGAUCAUAGAAAUUAUUUGAAACAAGGAAUUAGCUAGAGCGCAGAUUACUACAAUCUGACUAGUUAUAUAUCCGUGCUAACGCUACGGUGAUAUUCAUAAUUCAAUAUAAACUGGAUUGCACCAUUUCAAACCAAAAUUU